CAAUUGACCAACUAUCCGUGCGGAUGUUACGAGGUGUUCGGCGGAUCGAACGGCAGGUUGAUGACCUUGUGGAGUCUCUAAAGCUGAACAAAGAGAAACCGCCAAAGAAAUGUCCCACUGGUUUCAUCUCCAUUGACAACUGGCCCUCAUGUUACAUGUUUUCCUCAUUUGACAUGAGCUGGUAUGAAGCCAAGGAUUACUGUGCUGCCUUCGAUAGUGACCUGGUGUCCCUGGGAACUACCAGGGAACAUUUCAUUGUCACAUAUUUCAUCAAGAAUAACAAAGAGUAUAAUGAUGCUGCUGGUUGGUGGACCAGCGGGUCAUUUGUCAGCAAAACAAAACAGUGGAUGUGGACAGCUCAGCUCUUCCUGAAACCAUUCUCAUUUAUAAAGUGGGCACCCGGGGAGCCUGAUGAAGAGGCCGCUCAGUGUAUGGUUGUCGCCGGUAAGGAUGACCAUCUGUGGAACGAUGAACUCUGUAUCCUCCGCUACAACUUUGUGUGUGAGGCAGACGCCAGGGCACUCUGAACUCUCCAUGAGCUAUCUGUGAGGCAGACGCCAGGACACUCUGAACUCUCCAUUAGCUACCCUAUUUCUUCUAAUUUUUAGGGCACCUGAUCUGCUCAUUUUAGUCAAUAAAUAUGUAACUAUAGCAGGAAUAUUGAGUUUUUUGAAUAUAUUUUUAAAAGAUACUGAAUCUUUUUUCUCACAUGGUUAAACCGUCUCAUGAACAUAUUCACAUCUUUACUUUUCCAAUAAGGCUGGUAAAGAAAUGUGAUAUUCUACUUUCAACACCGCUAAUAUCUGUCCCAAAAAUAAAAAGAAUUAGGGUAUCUGUGAGGCAGAUGCCAGAAACUUUUGAACUCUUCAUUAGCUAUCUAUGUCAGGAAUUCUGAGCCCUGCAUUCUCUAACUUUGCCUGUGAGGCUGACAUGACUAAGUCUGUAAGGCAAACGCCCCACAAACUCUGAACUCUGGAAACUUGCCCGUGGGGCAGAUCCUA